UCCUAUCCUGACCGCCCCCGCCCCCGCUUUUGCAUGCACCCGCGUGCAUGGAAGGAAGAGUAGCGCAGGCUUUGCAUUUUAUUUCCUUUUCUAGGCGGGCAGAGGCGCUGCCGCAGACUAGCCUUGCAAACGGAGAGAGCAGCUUUCUGCAAACCUCGCGGGGGGGGGGGGCGGACUUUCCAUCCCUUCCCCUCCCCCCCGCGUGAAGUUGCCUUAAGGGUUAAAGCCAGAGAGUGCAAGCUGCUAGAGAGAAAAAGAGAGAGAAGGGAAUGCUGGAUACUGACCCCCCCCUUACUCCGCCCAACCUCUUCCCUUGGGAAAGGGGGCGUGGCUUAAGCGGAACAGCUGGCCCGCCUCCUCUGCCAUCGCGCGCCGCCCUUGCCCUGCAAGGAGUCGGACUGCAGACCCAGUUUCCUCCUCUGCUUCUUUGAAGGCAUCUUCCAGUUUUGCCAGAGGGGGGACCUUUGCAAGAUCCUAAUCUCCUCCUCACCCUGCCCCAAAGUCACACGCUCCUACCCUCCAGAAAGAAGGCGGUGGUGGAGGUUCUGUGCUGGAGGCCAAGCUGUUGUGAAGCUCAAGGAUGGAGGAGCAAGACUCAUCUGGGCCCGAGGAGGGAGAAGGUCCCCACAUCGUCCAGAUUGGGAGCAGUGGGGCCAUCUGGGGGGACUUACCGCAAAAGUGCUUCCGGGAGUUGUGCUACCAGGAAGCUGAGGGUCCAAGAGAGAUCUGUGGCCAGCUCCGCUCACUGUGCUAUCAGUGGCUGAAGCCGGAAAGGAACACAAAAGCCCAGAUAAUGGACCUUGUGGUCCUGGAGCAGUUCUUGGCUGUCCUCCCCCCGGAGAUGGAGAGCUGGGUCAGGGAGUGUGGAGCGGAGACCAGUUCCCAGGCGGUGGCCCUGGCAGAAGGUUUCAUCCUGAGCCAGGCAGAGGACAGAAAGCAGGAAGACAUGCAGCUGCAGGGCUUGCUAGCCAAAGGGGCCACAGAUUUCCCAGGGGCCAAGGAACAUCCGCCAGAGGCUGCGCAGAGGCUGCUCUUCAAGUGGAUCAAGCAGGAGGGGGACGGAGGGCCCCCCUCCCUGGAAAGCGCAACCGUUCUCAGAGAUGGGGAGACGGCGCUGGGGGUUCCUCCUCUUUGCAGCCGUCUGGAAGUGGCUCCUGUGUUACCAGGACAGGGUCCGGCACCCUUUGAGAAGAUGUCUGUUCAUUUCAUGGAGGAGAAGAGGACUCUUCCAGAACCAGGCCAGGCGUCUCUGCACAGGGGAUCUGCGGAGGAGAACACUGGGGAUCUGGUCUUUCUGGGUAACGGGCAAGAGGGUUGCCAAGAGGGUGAAGGGCAGAGAAGGGCAGCUGAGGAGACGCAGAAGUGGGGGGCCAAAGCCUUUGUGUUCGAAGGGGGCGAGGCGGAUGAGAUUCCGAUCGUGGAGGAACGUCCUGCAGGGAAGCGCCGGUACGUCCACGGCAGAGAGAAGCCUGUGAAAUGCUCCGAGUGCGGGAAGAGCUUCAACCACCAGGUCCACCUCCUCAAACACCAGAGGAUCCACAUGGUGGAGGAAACCUACCGGUGUGCCGAGUGCGGGAAGCAGUUCAGCCAUAGCUCCUACCUCAGCUCCCACCAGAAGAUCCACACGGGGGAGAAACCCUACAAGUGCCUGCAGUGUGGGAAGACCUUCAGCCACGGCAGGAGCCUCAACUCACAUCAGAUAAUCCACACGGGCCAGAAGCCCUACAAGUGCUCGGUGUGCCCCAAGAGCUUCAGCCACAGCAGGAGCCUCAAAGUGCACCUGAGGAUCCACACUGGGGAGAAGCCCUUCGGCUGCUCCGAGUGCGGGAGGAGCUUCAGCCAGUGCUCCAACCUUAUCAAACAUCAGAGAAUCCACACGGGAGAGAAGCCGUACAAGUGCUCCCAGUGCGGGGUGUGCUUCAAUCAGAGCAUCCAGCUGAAGAGGCACCAGAUCGUCCACACGGGUCAGGAUCCCGUCUAUCAGAGCAUCCAGCUUAAACGGCACCAGAUCAUCAACACGGGGUAGGAUCCUGCGAGUCCUGAGCCCAACCCCUUGCUUCAUUUUGGGAGAAAAGCACAUGGCUCCCUAUAAUUGAUGUCGUUGAACCUGCCAGAGAACUACAGAUGAACUAAUUAAAUAAACAGAAGUUUAGAGUUGGAA